GUGUCAGUGGGAGGAAUAGUGCCCCAUCAUUGGUGUCAGUGGGGGGAGGAAUAUUGCCCCAUCCUUGGUGUCAGUGGGGGGAGGAAUAGUGCCCCAUCCUUGGUGUCAGUGGGGGGAGGAAUAGUGCCCCAUCCUUGGUGUCAGUGGGGGGAGGAAUAG